AUGGCCUCCGGGAGGCGCCCGCCGGGCAGCCUCAGCCAGCCAGAGAAGGGGGGCCGGGAGGAGGCCGAGGGGGAGCAGGAGGAGGAGGAGAUGGCAGUGGAGGAGGAGGAGGAGGAGGAAGAGGAAGAGGAGGAGGAGGAGGAAGAGGAGGAGGAGGAGAGGCGGGCGGAGGGGCAGGCGGGAGCCCCGGAGAAGCGGGGCGCGGCGGAGGACGAGGCGGGGCCCGGCGCGCUCAGCGAGGACUACCUGUGGAAGGUGAUGGGCCGCACCGACAGCAACAACCAAGGGCCGCCGUCCGCUCGGCCCCGCUUGGCCAGCGUCGCGAGUCCCAGCUUGAGCCCCACGCUCACGCCCAGCGAGGCCCCCUCGACGCCCAGCGAGGCUCCUUCGACGCCCAGCGAGGCCCCCUCGACGCCCAGCGAGGCUCCCUCGACGCCCAGCCGGACGCCCAGCUCACGGAGCACGAGCUCCUCCUCCUCGACAAGAAUCCCAAUAUCAGUGCAAACAGAGGAAAGUUGGCUCCAAGACACGUCCAGACACGGGCAGCCUGAGAAGAAAGCAUCCCUUAUAAUGGAGAAAGCCCCAUCUCAGAAUAUAGCUUCUAAGCUAAGAGAAAAAUGGGUAAUUAAUCCGGAAGACAUAAAACUAAAUAUUUUAUGUGAGCUGGAGUUCGAGGAAGACUUCAUAGCGCUGUUCGAGCCUUCCCUGCGGACCCUCCCCAGCGUCGGGCCACCCCCCUUCCUGGCAUUCAGGCGAGAGAGGGCCAGGUCCAGCAUUGACGUCAAGGAAGAAGAGGAGACACCGCCCCAGUGCGAAUUCUGUGGGAGCGACCUCGGAACAUUUCUUUCCAAAGUGGAUAUCCAUUCGGACAACACGUGCUCUGAACUAAUGAAACAGGUCCCCUGUUGUAGUUAUUUCCAAAGUCUGGUUGACUACAUCAACGAGGAAAAUAAGAAGAUGCAAAGCUCAACCGUGGAAUUAAUCUGCAUCAACCCCCACGCAGCGCACGACCCGGAGGUGGACAGACUCAAAGAGAGGGAGAAGGCCCUGAGGAGAAAACAAGAGCAACAAAUGGCCAAACACUGGGCAAUGAAAAGGAGCGAGCAUGCUAGUUUCUCAGAAGACGAUUCAAAGCACUUUAAGACCAUCUCUUACCAACUUUCCGUGGAUAUUCCUAAAAAAGAAGAGAUGCCCGAAGACAGGCUAUUGGAUUACGAACUAGACAAAAGAAACGUGUCCAUCUCCUGCUGUGAUUCUAGGACAGCGUGUGGAAGGAUGGUGAGGAAUGAGUUCCUGGAGAAGCACUACAGACACGGGGGCAAGUUUCUGACUUCGUUUCCAGACGGGACAACGCAGAUAUUCUAUCCAUCGGGAAACCUAGCCAUCAUUCGCGUGCCCAACAAGGUCAGUGGCUUCACCUCCAUAGUCCAAGAGGACGUGGCCGCCAGCCCUGCGAUCCUGGCUGUGCUGGACUCUUCUGGCAGAAGUUCCUGUUAUCAUCCCAACGGAAAUGUCUGGGUGUACAUCAAUGUCUUGGGAGGCCAGUAUUCAGAUCAAGCCGGCAACAGAGUGAGGGCCUGGACCUGGUCGAGUUCCGUUGCCUCCUCGCCCUUUGUAUCCUUUAAGCCCGUCUUCCUGGCCCUGAACCACUCGGUUGGCGUCCGCAUCCUGGAGCAAGACAAGAUCUCCAUCACCUUCCUGGCAAUGGGCCGGCAGGCGAGAAUCAGCGUCGGAACCAAAGUGAAGCUGAGCAACCAGGAGGCGCUGCCGGGGCCCCGCUCCCUGCGCGGGGACGACCUGUUUCUGCUGGCCAGCUUGAUCAGGAUCCGCCGCCUGCUGCACAAGCUGGAAGGACACGCCCUGCUCCCCUCGGGCCAGGCCUGGGAGAAGUUAGGGCAGCCCUCCUACCUGUCUUCCCUGGCCGUGAAGCUCAUGGCCCUGUGCCGCAGCUCCGGGGCCAGAGGGGACACCGUCACGACAAUAGCAGCCAUGAUAAAUGAAAAAAUCUAA